AUCAAUAAAAUAUAUUCAAGCCCAUGGUCUCGCUCUAAAUUAUUCAGCUGCCGUCUCGGCGAUCCCUCUCCGGCGGCAAGGGAGACCUUCCGAUACGACGCUGAAAUUUCUGCAAUAGAUAAUAAGAAGAUUUUCUCAGACAAAGUUUCCAUCUGGUUUGCACGAUGGAGGCCUUCUCGCAGCUGCCCUACCAUGCAAGCCACUCGAUCGUGUGAGGAGACGUUUCAACUGGAACGCAUUAUAUGUACCUGCUCAAUCCGCCUCUUCCCCUCGCCCUCAAUUUUGUUCGGAGAGUCAAAAAAUCAGGCUAAGAGCACAAUCCCAAAUCGAACUCUCAUGUUUACGAAUGAUCGGAGACAGAAAGAGCGCGAGGGGAAAUAUGGAACCCCUAGGCUGCAAUACCUCCAGGAAUUGGUUACUCAAUUUCAGAAUUCAUCUGAUGAAGAAAUGAAAGAGAAAAUUGUUGCCAAUUUGGGGAACUUUGCAUAUGAUCCUUACAAUUAUACGUUCCUCCGCCAGCUAAAUGUUCUGGAACUUUUUCUGGACUGUCUAACCGAGCCUAACGAGAGGCUUGUGGAGUUUGCUCUUGGCGGCAUUUGCAAUGCUUGUGCAGAUCCCACAAAUGCAGCUGUUAUCGUUCAAUGUGGAGGCGUUCCUCUCGUCAUCCAAUGUUUAUCUAGCCCGGUUAAGAAUACGGUGAAUUGUGCUAUUGGAUCACUGUACUAUCUCUGUAAUUCGACUACAAAGAAUGAAAUCUUGAAACCUGAGGUCGUCGACGCCAUUAAAAGGUUUGCAGCAGCAGGUGCAGUAAAUGUGAGCUUCAGCAAUCUUGCCCAGGCUUUCUUGGAUAAUGACUACCUUUUCAAGAUGUUGCUUAUUGGAGAUUCAGGUGUUGGCAAAUCAUGUCUUCUCCUGAGGUUUGCAGAUGACUCAUACCUUGAGAGUUACAUCAGUACCAUUGGUGUGGACUUUAAAAUCCGCACAGUGGAGCUAGAUGGGAAAACAAUUAAGCUGCAGAUUUGGGAUACUGCUGGACAGGAACGUUUUCGGACAAUUACUAGUAGCUACUACCGCGGCGCUCAUGGCAUUAUUGUUGUUUACGACGUCACUGAUCAAGAGAGUUUCAAGAAUGUCAAGCAAUGGUUGAAUGAAAUUGAUCGAUACGCAAGUGAUAACAUCAACAAGCUUCUUGUCGGAAACAAGUGCGACCUCACAGCCCAAAAAGUCGUCCCCACAGAAACAGCAAAGGCAUUUGCCGAUGAAAUUGGCAUACCUUUCAUGGAAACAAGCGCCAAAAAUUCGACCAAUGUGGAGCAAGCUUUCAUGGCUAUGGCUUCCUCCAUCAAGAGCAGGAUGGCAAGCCAACCGUCGAUGAACGCUCGACCUCCGUUGGUGCAGAUCAAAGGACAGCCUGUUAACCAAAAAUCCGGCUGCUGCUCUACCUAAGAUCCAUCGAGCAAUUCGAAGAAUCCC